AUGGUUGACAGUGUUAUAAAAAGAUUCUGUAUUUGUCAUAUUAUAAAAAUAAAAAUCUACUACUUCGUCAAAAAAAGAUUAUUGUUAAAAAUGGCCGAUGAAGCAAGAAAAUUUCUCCAAGAUAUGUUGAAUAGAGUAAAUGGGCUACAUUGUAUACUUAUUUCUGACAGAGAUGGCGUACCAAUGUUGAAAGUUUCCAAUGAUAAAAUUCCAGAACAAAUAACAAAACCGAAUUUUGUUUCCACUUUUGGUUUGGCGAUAGACCAAGGAAGUAAAUUAGGUUUAGGAAAGACUGAAACAUUAAUCUGCACUUAUUCCCAAUACCAGGUUGUACAGAUGAACAAAUUACCUUUAAUAGUAUCUUUUAUAGCCAGUGAUAGUUGUAAUACAGGUCAUAUCUUGGCAUUAGAAAAACAAAUAGAUAUAAUUGUUGCCGAUUUAGCUUUAGCUGUUACAGAAUCAUAGUCAUUACAUUUUAAAUCGCACAAUUAUUAGAUUUUGUAAUAUGUUUCCUAUUUGAAUAACAACUUUUAUAUUUAAUGUCAAAAUGUAUAAUUUAUAAUACCACUAUAAGUGGAAAAAGUGUACUGUUUAUAUAAAUUUUUCUUCAUAUAUUAAUAGAUUCAUGUGAUAAUUA